CGGCGCUCUGCUCGCUGACAGUUACUGUGGUGUUUUAACUGCAACUGAUGGCGGGAAAUGUGAACGCAGAUAAGAUGGCUUUACCGUUACGUGGGCGGAGGCUGGAGCGGAGCGACGCCAUCUUUAUGGGCUGCGUGACCCCACAUGAAGACUGCUCUGGAGGAGAGGAGGACGACGCCCCCGAGGCUUGGGUGGCCGGGGAAAGCCUUGACUGGAGUGACGACCCCGCGGACAUUAGAGGCCCCACCCCGCUGGCCAAUCACGAGCCUGAGGACUGGGACGCAGAGAUGGAGGCGGAUGAGAACCCUUAUGAUGAGGAUGAUGUGGCAUGUGAGCAGCAAAGCAGUGUCGAUGACUACCAGUGGGGGAGCGAGGAGUCCUAUCAACCCAGUGUAGACCACGCCCCACCCUUACAGCACAGCCGGAGUGGUCACUCCCUCCAUAUUCAGGCCGGCCAGUUUGAAGAUGCCGAGCAGUGACAUUAAAUGCAGGAUGCACUGAAGCCUCGUACCAGGCCCGCCGUCGCCCCCCUGGAGGCCUGUCUUCUAUCCAGCGCUGCCGCCCCCUGGAGGCCUGCCUUCUAUCCAGCGCUGCCGCCCCCUGGAGGCCUGCCUUCUAUCCAGCGCUGCCACCCCCUGGAGGCCUGCCUUCUAUCCAGCACUGCCGCCCCCUGGAGGCCUGCCUUCUAUCCAGCACUGCCGCCCCCUGGAGGCCUGCCUUCUAUCCAGCACUGCCGCCCCCUGGAGGCCUGCCUUCUAUCCAGCACUGCCGCCCCCUGGAGGCCUGCCUUCUAUCCAGCACUGCCGCCCCCUGGAGACCUGCCUUCUAUCCAGCACUGCCGCCCCCUGGAGACCUGCCUUCUAUCCAGCACUGCCGCCCCCUGGAGAACUGCCUUCUAUCCAGCACUGCCGCCCCCUGGAGGCCUGCCUUCUAUCCAGCGUUGCCGCCCCCUGGAGACCUGCCUUCUAUCCAGCGUUGCCGCCCCCUGGAGACCUGCCUUCUAUCCAGCGUUGCCGCCCCCUGGAGACCUGCCUUCUAUCCAGCGUUGCCGCCCCCUGGAGACCUGCCUUCUAUCCAGCACUGCCGCCCCCUGGAGACCUGCCUUCUAUCCAGCGUUGCCGCCCCCUGGAGGCCUGCCUUCUAUCCAGCGUUGCCGCCCCCUGGAGACCUGCCUUCUAUCCAGCGCGGCCGCCCCCUGGAGGCCUGCCUUCUACCCAGCGCGGCCGCCCCCUGGAGGCCUGCCUUCUACCCAGCGCUGUCGCCCCCUGGAGACCUGCCUUCUAUCCAGCACUGCCGCCCCCUG